GGUGUUUCAUAUCCGUCGAUGCAUGGCGUGUGGCGUUACUGGGCACCACCUCUGGAACGAUCGAAGCUGGCAACGACCGCAUUUACGGGUUCCUAUGCUGGUGCUGUUAUCGGUCUGCCGGCUUCUGCUUGGCUUGUAAGCUAUGUGCAUUGGUCUGCGCCAUUCUACGUGUACGGUCGGUCUGAAAAUUACUGCUCAAUAACAAUAAUUUAA